AUGUGUGAUCAUUUUAUGAUAUUGGAGGAUAGAUUGCUCACUGAAUCCACUCUCGAAGCUGCUAUCCAGAGUAAAAACCGGUUGCAGCAUGCAUCACCAUUGAUUUCUCAAGAUAUGAACAGUAACUUUUCUUCCCAUAGGAUGGAUAUUGACACAGGAUCGUCUCCGAGGAAAAUAGUAGAAUGCAAGAUUUGCAAAGAUGAGGAUGAAGCCUCGACCAUGGAGGUACCUUGUUCCUGUCGUGGGAGCUUGAAGUAUGCACACCGCGAUUGUGUGCAAAGGUGGUGCAAUGAAAAGGGUGAUACCAUUUGCGAGAUUUGCCAUCAGCAAUUUGAGCCUGGUUAUAGAGCUCGACCUCCUCUGUUUCAUUACGGUGGUAUUCCGAUGAAUUUUAGGGGAAAUUGGGAGAUAUCCCGAAUUGACUUGCAUAAUCCUCAAUUCAUAACAAUGGUUCCUGCUGGUGGCAAUUUUCUGGAUCCAAACUCCGUUGGGUAUCAUGUUCCAAAUACAAGAAGCAUGACAUGUUGCCGCAUGGUUGCCAUGAUUUUCGUGGUUCUUCUGGUAUUACGCCAUACUCUUCCAUUCAUCAUUUAUGGAAGUGACGAAUAUUCAGUUUCUCUCUUCAUGAUACUUAUCUUGCGAACAAUUGGAAUUCUUUUGCCGAUCUAUAUUAUGGUCAAAGCAUUAACUUGCGUUCUAAAUAGGCGCAAUCACCAGACGAGGAAAACGAGAUACCAAGACAACCGCCUGACUCGCUCUACAUUCACAUUCCAAAUAUUUGAUGCUUCCAAGCUGUUUGGUGAUGCAACUAUAUUCCAUGACCGGAAGAUCCAGUAUCUGAUCCUUGCUGCAGUGCCAUCAUCUUGA